AUGUUUAUGUCAAGGAAGCCCCCGACUCGUUCCAACCUCCGUCUUGUCUACGGGACUCUCGUCCGGAGAAUGGCAACAGUCAAAGCUGCUAUUCCCCAUAUCGAGCGCACUGCUGCCGAACCUCGGCAUAAUAGGUUGCAUCGCAUAGUCCUGUCGCAGAUCACCCAGGUCAACUCAACGAUCCGUCUCCUGCGACUCAGUCCAGUUGAUAAAGAGCCUAUCAGGUUUCAACCCGGCCAAUGGGUCGACCUGCACAUCCCCACCAUCUAUUCCCCUGGCGGCUUCACGUUGACAUGCACCCCGUCAACACCCCACCUCGAACUCGCGGUCCAGAAACCGCAGGCGUCGGCCCACGACAAGCCAGCAUUCCCCGCGUCGUGGCUCUGGCAGCCCGCGUGCCGAAUCAUCAACUCGGAACUCGCCGUCCGCGUCGGAGGCGGCUUCGUCUGGCCGCCUGCGAACGUGCCCGAGGCAGGGAUCCGGAGGGUCGUGUUCGUGGCCGGUGGCGUGGGCAUCAACCCGCUGAUCAGCAUGCUCGGCUCCAUCGCCGAGGCGGAGGAGCACAGCCGGGGCGGAGCCGGCGGACGGGGCUUCGACGUUCGAUUUCUGUAUUCCGUUCGGGCACUGCAGGGGGCGGGGGGGGCGAGCGAGGAGAUCCUGUUCUUGGAUAGGCUGAGGCGGUUGCUUGCGAGGCUCGGUGGCGAGGGAGAGUUGAGGCUGUUUGUGACGGGCGCAGGCGCAGGCGAGGCGGCGGCGGCGGCGGCGGCGGCUGCAGAAGAGGCUCAGGGUUUCACGGUCGAGCAGAGGAGGAUCCGAAAGAGUGAUUUGGAGGAUGCGUUGGGUAGUAGCGCAAGCGAGAGGGCUGGGACGGUAUGCUACGUCUGCGGCGUGCCUCGGAUGACAGACGAGUUUGUCCAUCUCGCUACCCGAGUGGAAGGAAUGGACGAGAGCAGGGUCCUGAGCGAGAAGUGGUGGUAA